AUGAGACUGCUGGAGCCGAAGCACAGAACUAGGAAAGUUGCUUGGUCUGACCGCCAGCCAGGUAUCUUAAUCUUUCCAACCGAGUUUCUCCCAAGCCCUUCUUCCUUAUCAAGCCCCAAAAACAGGUUGUUGACCCUCCAGGAAUUCGAGAAGUGGGUAGCGAGACACCUCGAUACAUGGAUCAAAGCACACCGGAACGAAUUGAAUACCUGUAGAGAUCUGAGUAACUUAAUUCAGACAUACCACGAGGUUGCUGCGCCCUUUUACCUCGGAAAUCCGGUUACUACAUCUAAUAUGAUAUUGACUCUUAUGGAGCUUUGGAUUGCCUGCGACAAGAGCGCUGCCUCUAUCGAUAACCUUAUCCUUGAGUAUGAUGUUGGGAUACCAGAAAGUGUUUUCCAAUGCUUAUUGCUACGUUCACAUUCACAGAUGCGGAGACUUAAAGAUGCUGAGGAUUAUGUCCGUUUCCGCGUGGAAGCUAGUUUAUGGCCUGCUUCAUUGAAUUUUCAGAGCUUCGGCCAUCCGAAUAGUUUCUCAGUGAAAUAUUUUAGCCGGUCUCUGCAUCACCAGGAGCUGCUUAAAUCAAUUGAAGCCCAGGCAAGAGAACAGAGAGAAGCCAAGCGCGCAGAACUCCGACAGAUAAAAUUCGAAUACACUGAGCUUCAGCUUAUCUACAACAAGAUGAGUUGCGACAUGUUAGUAUACGAAGAUACUAAAGAUAAGACUACAAAGUGGCACGAUUCGAAAUGCCGAAAAUGUGCUUAUCGCGAUAAGGCAGAGCAGCUUAGAAUAUCAGCCCAUGUAUGGCCACUUCCCAAAAGUUUGUUAGAGGCGCAAUCUGCGGUCUUUGAACUACAAGUCCCUCAGUGGUAUGGCUUCUGGAGGGACACAGCGCUAUAUAUGCUGCUUGAUGUUUUUAAGUUGGAGGUAUCAUCCAAGAACAAUUCACGUCCAAAGCUCUCACUGUCGAGCUAUCCUGGUCUACAGUGCUACUUUCAGCCCUACGACAUCGCAUACCGCCUAUGUCUUUCAUCAAACACUAAUCCAUAUGGAGACACUCAUAAGUCAAUCGCCAGCGUAACUGAAAACGACGUUUGCUUGGACAAUGCGAUUGUCUACAGUUAUCUCGAUAGGGUAACGAGCCUUUAUGUGGAUUCCAUCGAGACCUCAUCAGAUGAAGUGUCUGUAUCUUGCAUAUACAAAUUGCCACCAAGGUCUUCUGAUUUACAGCCAUAUCUCCGGAGAUUAGCCGUUAUGUCUAAUGGCCCUCCACCAAAUAAAGUCAUAGCUAGUCAACUUGACUGCCCUAAGCAUAUGUCAUUUGAGGAAUACAUAGCUUUGACUCACUUGCCUUUGGGAUUUCGACUCCAGUGGCAGAACAUCCUCGUACAGCUCUCCUUACCAGCCGUCGACCUGAGGAAAGUCGAGACCACACUCUUCGUGCUGCAGACCAUAUACCAAUCUGGGCCUCGUGGGGCUAGUGGGACUUAUCGAGAGAGCCAUGAAAUUAUCAGUAAUGAAAACUUCACCAGAAAAUUCAUAGAGAAGAUUGAGAAUACCAUGCAGAGUCUUGAAGAAAACUGGGAAUGUGCUCACGCAUUGUAUUCGCUAAUAUGCUUGACGGCAAGAGUGCUGACUCUAAGCUCAAAUGAAGGGAUUCGAAUGACAUGUUUAAGACUUCUAGCGGGCAUGAGAAUGGUCAGUUAUUCCUGGGUAUGUAUUCUGAAAGAGAAAAUGGACGAGACAACUAGACAUCAACAGAGACAAUUUUUCAUGGGAAAAGCUGUUUUAGUUGCACUAAUAUGCGCUGGCUCGUUUAACAUCGAGCAACGCGACUUGACUUCGAUAUUGGCAAACCCUGAGAAUUUGUCGAUUCUGAUACACAUAUCAAUCAUCCUUGAUGAGGGCAAGAACCGUAUAUCAAAGGAACUGGACCCGCUAGCAUUGAGUUUACACAUGGACUGGAAGCGAUUGUUAUACCAUGCAUACCCUACGAUGGUAGAGCAGAUUGCCAAUACCACAUGCCUUCCACUUGAUAAUGCUAUUCAGAAGGUUUGGUCAGCCUAUAGGCCUAGUUCAAAGUGGAAAAAGCUUUCGGAGCAAGCGUGCUAUUGGCUUGUCAGCCAGACAGCUCCUCAGAGCAAUGGGUCUAGUCUACCUGUUCGCUACAAUCUUCUCACAGGAGAGCUACUGGCAAGUGGUUAUCCCUUGGCUACUCUGCCUCCGGAGUAUGAGCGGCAUCCGAUUCAUCAGACUCUAUUUGGUCCCUUGUCCAUAGAGGCCAUGCCAAGUGCUGUUCCUGGGAUGCAGUUCUCAAGCAAAAAGAAAUAUGCGGGAUAUGCAAUCCAUUUCGGCAUGGUGCAAAGAACCGCCGCGGACUAUGAUAUCAGAAUUCGAGUUGAAACGCAAGACAGCGCCUUCGAAGUAGUCCCUUCUAGGCUCUUACAGGGCUUGUUCCCGCCGAUGUUUGUUCAGAGUUUUGUGCACUGGUAUAGCCUCAAGGACGGCCACUUAGGAUUUUGCCCUGUCGAUAAUCCUUGGCCAUCAUCACAAGAUAUGUGGCGUCUUGUGAGAAUAGGUAAUGAUGGGAAGUGGCGCCUCUUGAACAGGGAACUUUCCUUGAUCAAUAUGAGAAGUCCAGCGGCAAGUAGUAUAUCGCAAAUUCUUUCUCCACUUGAAGAUCCAGAGCAUAUACACGUAUUUCUCGGGAAGCCAGGCUCCGAUGUUGAUAUUGAGCUACCUCGUAUUCAGCUCUCAUUCCAAAUGGAUGUGGAUAACCGAAUGAUCUAUUCGCAACAAUUUCGCGGAUAUCAUAUCGACACUAAUCAAUCUCUUGGGGCCCUGAUUGGAUUGCGUAACCGACUGAUAUUGAAACAUCAGAAGUCGGAGAGCCACCUUGUUAUUAUUCUGGAAGGAGAUAUAUGGACUAAACAAUGGGGAGACCACAUGGCCGUUGGGAUUUACAAGGGGUCGGGUACGAAGGCUCACUCAUACCUUAUUGACAACCAGCUGGGCAGGUUGGUCGAUAAUGGUACUCUACAGAGUAAACUUGUGCUCUGCUACCUGCAUGGCUUAACGUCAUUCUGUCUACCGGAUCCUUUGACUGGAAAGACAGGCACGGAGCAGGCCCUUUACAUAUUAACAUCAGCUGCGGUCCAAUCUUUUGACCCAUUAACUCCGGAGAAUAUUCAAUUGCUUGAGAAAAUAGCUCACCUGAGCCCUGAACGAAAAUACCAUUCAAGCUCUGGAAAAGGAAUGCAGACGGUCAGAUGGGCCUCCACGCUUGGCUCUCUUGCACAGGAUGGUUCGUUUUUUAGAGAGGUCAAGUCUCUUUUGGAUGAGAAAUUUCGCAGAAAGUUUUUGUGGAGCACAGCAUAUGAACGACCCCCAGAUUGGGGAUACCUAGAACCAGAUUUACUCAGAAGAGAUUUAAUCCGGUCAUCAGUCUUUCGUGUAUCUGGUUUUGGUGCGGAAGAAUACACCCAUGCCCUAGAUUCAAGCUAUCUGGGUCGUGAUCGACUUCAGUGGUCCAAACCGGGGAUCCGGGCUUUAAAUUCGGUAGAGCUUGUGUACAACGAGCGCGAUUAUAUCUACUAUCCAAGCGUGGAUUCAGAUGCUCUUUGGGAUUUCCAUUGUCGCUAUAAAAAGAAUGAGGCUUUACCCGCAUUUGAAAUCGGCUACGACGCCUGCUACCUCAUGGCCAACUUCUACCAAUCCGUGUCAACGCAUUGGCUCAGCCUGCACAACAACUUCGCUAGCAAACCCCCUUCAAUCAACAAAUAUAAGGUCAUGAUGUGGCUAGCUACUCUGGCAUAUGCAGAUGGAGCCGAAAUGCCUAUUAUUCAAACGCUGACAUCAUUUUACAUAAUACCGGAAAUGGUAACAGUACGGGCACCCCAGACUCUCCCACGACGGCCUUCUGAUGGCUACGACUGCAAGAAGAGUGAAAUUGAAUCUAUAGUCAAGUCAAGCUGCUAUUCAAUCAAUGAUUCUCCUGAAGCAAAUCUCGUUUGGGACCUUGGGAGUCAAUCUGCCGAGGAUUUCCAGACUCGCAGAAUCAGUUUGUUUAAAAGGCACCGUGCUGCUGCUAUUGAUACGUUCACGAAUGCAAUUAUGAAUAUGUGGCCCUGUAGAGCUCUGGCUAUGACGGAAUUUGAUGCCUUUAUUGCUGUGGGCCAGUACGUUGAUAUGAAAAAGGCCCUGAGGUCUGCCAGUGAUCUUUUUGAGAGCUGGUACGACAACAAAUGCUUCUUUGAGUAUCUAACAGAGAUAGAGACCUUACUUGGGAGUAUAAAAGAGAUACAGACCAUGCUUGGGGUGACAUGCCAGUGCCUUGGCCCUAAAGGACGUUGGCAACCAUGGCAUGUCAAGCAUGUACAGCCAAUUCAGAGGAAAGUAUUUAUCAGCAUUGACGAUCUCUUUGCGUCUCUUGCUCCUUUUCAGAUACCAUUCUCCGGUACGGAGUUGACCGACCUCGUAUUGAGAGGCAACCGUUCAGAAGAAUCGAUGGCUCGACUGAGCAACGUUAUUGAGGACGUGGAAGUACAAGCCAGUUCGAGCUAUGAGGAGGCCUAUGCUACGCACUUACGUGGCAGCCUUGAGAGCUGGAAAAAGCAUCAUGGAGACACAGAAGCCUGUUUAAAAAACAUUGACAUAACCAGUAGUGUUCAUCAGCACUUGGGUUAUUGGAAGGGCUAUGCUGAAUUUCUCUACAAAAUACUUUUGCCAGCUGCCAGCCCAAAGAACCUCGCAGCAAGCACACAACGCCAGAUAUGCUUACAGAUAAUGACCGAUGCUAACCUUUGGCCACGCCUAUCCCCAACGCUCUUUUUGGAGCAGCUUAGAUAUAACCGAUUUCGCCACAUGUCAGAAUCCUGGAAGGAUAGCAUCAUUAGUUAUGGUCUUGCCCUGGCUGGACUGCAACGCGCAAAAAGAUUAUUAAUUUGCGUUGAUAACAAGAAAGAUCUGAUUAGAGAGCUUGAGAAUACCGGCCAUAUGAAUUGGAGUCCAUCUGACUUUCCUGAGUCACUGCUUCUAGAGGUUGAAAGUGGUCUUAUGAUUCGUGACAAUCAAGAAGAUAUUGCCCAGAAGAUGAGAAACGGAGAGACUGGCAAAAACACAGUUUUGCAGCUGAACAUGGGAGAGGGAAAAUCAUCCGUCAUCAUACCCAUAGUAGCAACGUCUCUGGCCAAUGGCUCUCGCUUGGUCCGCGUUAUUGUUGCUAAACCCCAGGCGAAGCAAAUGUUUCAAAUGCUGGUCUCGAAGUUGGGUGGGAUGAUUGGAAGGCGAAUCUACCAUUUGCCAUUUUCACGUGCUCUGAAGCUAGAUAGCAUACAGGCUAAGGAGAUAACACUCAUGUGCCAAGAGUGUAUGAAGAAUGGUGGCGUCCUUCUCGUGCAGCCUGAGCAGACUUUAUCCCUCAAACUCAUGGCGUUAGAGCGCAUGGUUACCAGAGAUUUCGACGUUGCACAUUCGCUUUGGCAGACGCUUCAGUUCUUCAAUAAGCACUCGCGUGAUGUUGUCGAUGAGAGCGAUGAAAAUUUCAGUGCCAAGUUUGAGCUUAUGAGUCCAGAGCGAUGGCUGCUAGCUCAUGAAGUUCUCGAGUUGGUCAGGAGAUACACCGAUAACGUGAAGGCAAAGUUCCCACACUUAGUAGAGGUUGGGGUCUCACAGGAAGGGAGCUUCCCACGUAUACGUAUCUUUGGAGUAGCUGCACAGCGUGAGCUGGUCGAUUGUGUCGCCACGCACAUCUGUGAGACAGGGUUAAGUGGUUUUCCCAUUGCUAGGCAACCAAAGACAGUCAGGGAAACGGUGCGCAUGUACAUCACCAAACUGACAUUAACUGUUGACCAAAUCGAAAAAGUCGAAACAGAUCUUGAGGGAAUUUGGGGACCUGGUACACGCGACGUCUUGUUUCUGUUACGGGGUCUUUUCGCGGGGGGCAUAUUGGUCUUUGCCUUCGGACUUAAGAGGUGGCGUGUUAAUUAUGGUCUCACUUCAACUAGAGAGCCACCUACGAAGCUUGCUGUUCCAUAUCGCGCCAAAGACAACCCUACUGCACGUUCUGAAUAUAGCCACCCGGACGCAGUCAUUGUACUAACCUGCCUGAGUUGGUACUAUGGGGGUCUAAGCAAUGAGGACCUUUUUAAUACUUUCAGUCACCUGCUUAACACCGACCAGGCUGACAUGGAAUAUCAGCUGUGGGUAAAGGAUGCUUAUCAAUUGCCAAAGAAAUUUCAGCAGCUGGUAAGCAUUAACUUGGAAGAUCGUCAUCUAUGCAUCGAGAAGAUUUUCCCUUCGUUUCGAUUUUCAAAAAGUGUCGUGGAUUACUUUCUCUCCCACAUUGUAUUUCCCAAGGAAUUGAGGGCGUUUCCAUACAAGUUGUCUGCAUCAGGCUGGGACAUUGGCGAGGUCAAAUGCCAUCCCCUGACCGGGUUCAGUGGGACAAAUGACUCCCGUGAGGUUCUUCCACUUAGUGUGGAACAACUGGACCUCCCUGCACAGAUGCACACGAAUGCCCUGGUUCUUGGAUACUUAUUACAACCAGAAAACUCGGUUGUAUGUAUUCCACGGAGGCACAAGGAACAUCGAUCAGAUGCCGAGGAGUUGCUGUCCCUGGUCAUGCAAAUGACUCCGCCUGUGCAGGUCAUUCUUGAUGUUGGUGCUCAAGUGCUGGAAUUGACCAAUGCGGAGGUGGCAAAUGAAUGGCUGAGGUUAACAUCCAAUAGUGACAUGCCACAGGCUGUAGUUUUCUGUGAUGACAAUGAUGAGCUAUGUGUGCUGGACCGUAAGGGGCGAGUUGAGCUCCUGCAAACAUCACCUUUUGCUAAGCAGCCCGAUGUGUGUUACGUAUUUCUGGAUGAAGCACAUACACGAGGCACUGAUCUCAAGCUACCCGAACAUUAUAGGGCAGCUGUUACGUUAGGGGCAAAUUUGACAAAGGACAGAUUAGUUCAAGCUUGUAUGAGGAUGCGAAGGCUGGGCCAAGGUCAGUCAGUUGUAUUCUGUGUGCCAGACGAAAUCCGUCACAAGAUUCCGACGCGCGCCUCCGAUAACGGAAGCAUAGAGGUAUCCGAUGUUCUUUGUUGGGCGAUCUCCGAGACCUGGCAGGACAUGAAACGGAAUAUCCCUCUAUGGGCCACACAAGGCCUACGGUUUCUGCGUCAUGAACGCCUGUGGAAUGAGAUGCGCACGCAAGGGAAUAUUAUCUUAUCUUCCAGUCACGCACGAAAGUUUCUUGAAGAUGAAACCCUAUCUUUGGAACAAAGGUAUAGGCCCCGUGUGAUGCAAAACGGGCUGGCAGAUCUCGUACAAGGCGACACAAGCCAGGCUGCAUCUUUGAUCGCGACCCGUUGUCGGGAAUUCGGAAGCGUGUCCUAUCACUCGGCAAAAAUGGAUGAAGAACAAGAACGGGAACACGGAAUUCAUAAAGAAAUGAAAAAACUCGUAACCACCGGAGUAAUUGUUGAAGGCUCUACAGCCUUUCUGCCGGCCUUCCAAUCACUUGACAAAACGAGCGCUGCCCGGCAUCUAAGCGUUCGUCAAUUCCCGAGAAAAUUGCUUGUAACCCGAGAUUUUGCGCAAACUGUCGAGCCUAUAGAUACCUUGUCCUUUUCGGCCGAUGUCUUCCAAAGGCCGGUGCAAUGGAUCCUGACAACUCGUCAUGGGGGUAACUCUACCGAUCAGAAAUCGCUUGUCAGCCAAAUGGUCAUCAUCAGCCCUUACGAAGCGCAAAAAUUGUAUAACUCCAUCAAGGAAUCCACACAUGUGACAUUGCACCUUUACGCGCCCCGGUCCAACUUAGGGCUUAAACCCUUGGACAAGUUAGACCUCUACAAUGUCUCCGGGGAAGUCACCAGUGCUCUAUGCAUGCCUCGGGACCUCAUUAUCGAGUUGAACCUAUUUGCUGGACAGUUGUAUCUGAGUUCGUAUGAGGAAUAUGUGGAAGUCUGCGACUUUCUGGGUGUCGCAUGGAAGCCAAUGGGUGAGGAUAGCGUUGUCGCUACAGAUGGCUUCAUUCUACGCCGGGAUACAAACAACGCAGAGGGCAUAGAAUCAACGUUCCGGCAAAGUCCAAUAAAGUUCUUGAAGGCUCUUAUGUCGCAAAUUCGACGAAAAGGCGAUGGAAUUGACAAAACGCAUAUGGGCAAGAUAUUUAACGGCAUAAUUCUUAAUAGAUCAGAUUUCGAAGAGCCAAGGAGAGCAGAACAAGACCAAGUCCUUUCGGACUGA